AUGGAGAUUAAUACCACACUCCGAGAGCUCGUAGAUCACUAUAAAGUAAAAAGUGCUGUGAAAAAUCUGGAGGACUAUAUAUGUCAGAAACACGAGAGACCUCUGGAGCUGUUCUGUAGAGAUGAUCAGACGUGUGUGUGUCUGAUGUGUGCUGUGAAAGAACACAAGACCCACAACACUGUUUCUUUAGAAGAGGAGAGUGAAGAGAAGAAGACUCAACUGAUGAAGACACAGAAAGACGUGCAGCAGAUGAUUCAGCACAGAAUCAAGAAGAUUCAAGACAUCAAACAUUCAGCAGAAGUCAGAAAAAGAUUUUAUACUGAAGUGCUGGAGAUGAUUGAGGAGCAGCAGAAAGCAGCAGAAAAAGAGGAGCAAGAGCUCAUUGAAGAGCUGGAGCAGGAGAUCACUGAGCUAAAGAUUAGAAACACUGAGCUGGAGCAGCUCUCACACACUGAAGAUCACCUCCACCUCCUACAGAGUUACUCAUCCCUGUGCAGCCCUGAAAACACCAGGAACUGCUCUGAGAUCAGUGUGAAGACUCAUGAGAGUCUGGAGACUCUGAGCAGAGCUCUGACUAAACUGCAGGACACUCUAAACAGCAAACUCAUUCAAACUAAGCUGAAGUGGAUGCAGCAGUAUGCAGUGGAUGUGACUCUGGAUCCUGAUACAGCUCACCCAAACCUCACUCUGUCUGCUGAUGGAAAACAAGUGAGACAUGGAGACACUGAGCAGAAACUACCAGACAAACCAGGGAGAUUUGAUUUCCUUGUAAGUGUCCUGGGAAAGGUGGGAUUCUCCUCAGGGAGAUUUUAUUUUGAGGUGCAGGUGAAGGGAAAGACUAACUGGAACUUAGGAGUGGCCAGAGAAUCUAUGAACAGGAAAGGAGAUAUCAAACUGAUUCCCAGUGAUGGAUACUGGACUGUGGUUCUGAGGAAUGGGAAUGAAUAUUGGGCCUAUGCUCAUACUGACGUCUCUCUGUCUCUGAGAGUGAAGCCGCAGCAGCCCGGUGUGUUUGUGGAUUAUGAGGAGGGUCUGGUCUCCUUUUAUGAUGUGGAGUCCAGCUCUCAUAUCUACUCUUUCACUGGUCAGUCUUUCACUGGGAAACUCUAUCCAUAUUUUAGCCCAUGCCUUAACAAUAGAGGUACAAACUCAAUCCCACUGAUCAUCACACCUGUCAGUUACAAUAAAUGAAUGUACACCCCUAAUAUGUUUUAGAGU